GUAUGAAUUUACGUGUGAUUAUCCUAUUUUUCUGCCUGAUCGUCUUUGUGGAUGGUAAAAAAGUUCACAGAUUCCGACUGCAGAGGCGCUCUCAUAGACACCACAAAGUUCCCCACUCUCAUUUUCACCUGCAAUUCCGUAAUGCCCUGAGAAGAAAGUACGGAUACACGCCACUUCGCACAGUGAAUGCCGUGAAUGUAACUGGUGAUCCGGCUAAAGGGGUAGUGCUAAACGAACACCUGAUUAACUCUUAUGACACCAACUUUUUCGGCGUUAUAUCGGCUGGAGAACAACCCUUUACGAUGCAGUUUGACACUGGAUCUGCGGACAUUUGGGUGCCCAGUUCCCAUUGCAAUUUUUGCAUCAAAAAGUGUGGCACCAAGUUCUUCAAGGAAUCCAAGUCGAAAACCUUUCGAACAAACCAUACCCCCUUCAGCAUCACCUAUGGCUCGGGAUCUGUGAAGGGCAUUGUGGCUUCCGAUGAGGUGGGGUUCGGGGACUUGAAAAUCCAGAAUCAAGGCAUUGGCUUGGUCAACAUUUCCGACUCCUGCUCCGUUUUCGAUGGCAUCGCAGGGUUUGCUUUUCAGGAACUCUCAAUGACCGACUCCGUGCCAGUAUUCCAGCAAAUGAUAGACCAACAAUUGGUGGAACAGCCCAUAUUUUCGUUUCACAUGAAGAGUGGUUCCAGCGACGGUGGUUCCAUGAUUCUCGGUGGCUCUAACUCGAGUUUGUACUACGGUCCCUUGACCUAUACAAAUGUGACGGAGGCCAAGUACUGGACCUUUAAGAUGGACUUCAUAGAGGUCCAUGGCAAGAACUCUAGGCGUUGUGAGUCGGGGUGCAAGGCCAUUAUGGACACGGGAACCUCACUGAUCGUUGGUCCCGUGAUGGAUGUCCUCUAUCUGAACAAGGCCAUCGGAGCCGAGCAUAAUGACACAUAUGAUCUGUAUCUUGUGGACUGCGCCACAAUUCCCCAACUGCCCAUUAUUGUGUUUGGCAUCGCUGGUAAGGAAUUCUUCGUGAAGCCACAGACCUAUGUGAUUGUGUAUCAGGACUUUUGUUUCUCCGGCUUUAUGGACAUGCGGGGCCUGGACCACUGGAUUAUUGGCGAUGUCUUCCUGAGGGAGAACUACGUAGAGUUCGAUUGGGCUAGGAAAAGAUUGGGUAUAGCACCAGCUGUUUAAAUAGAAUUCUUAAAAGAUUAUAUUAUUGAAACACAAAACAGCUUUUGUGAAAAUUAAUUUAAUUUGAAAAAAAUAUAUAAAUGAAGUAGAUGUAUUAUUGUGUCUACAUUUUUAAAUGAUCAAGGGUUGGACUUUAAUUUUGUAACAAAUUUGAAAAUAAUUGUAUGUAUAAGUUGAGUGAGUUGUGCAUGUAAAUUGAAAGUUUAAUAAAAAAAAAUGAUGUUAAAAUAUUAA